CGCGUUCCAUUUCUUUCUGCGUGGUGGAUCAAAGCACGUUGGUACAGCCGGACAAGUUUAACUUUCGGUUAAAGCCUCCUGAGACGUUUGGACAGCACCGUGUCUGCUAAUCAUACAAUGCAAACAAAUAUGAAGAUGUGUGAAUAUGAUGAAUUUUUGAACUCCCCUCCAAAGAAAACUGUGAGGUUUGGUGGGAAAGUAGCAGAAGUCUUGAUGAAAUAUUCAAAGGGAGAAACUGCCGACUUUGAGCUUUUAAAGCAUCAGUUAUCAGAUCCUGACAUAAAGGAUGCUCAGAUUAUAAAUUGGCUGCAUGAGUUACGCAUUUCCGUUACAUCCCUUACAAAAGACCACGAGCAGCUAGUCAACAUUGUACUGAAGCUGCCAUGGUUAAACCGAAGCAAAGAAGUUGUGGAAGAAUAUUUAGCAUUUUUGGGAAACCUUGUGUCAGCCCAGACACUAUAUCUGAGAUCCUGCCUGAAGAUGGUUAUCUCACAUUUUGUCCCAGCACGUGUAAUUGUAAAAGAAGAUGAUGUCAAUAUAUCAGACUCAGAUGAUGAUGAUGAAAAUAUUAUUGCAAACUUUACCACGUGUCACAGAGCUCUUCAAAUCAUUGCACGAUAUGUUCCUUCGACGCCACGCUUUCUGAUGCCGAUACUUGGGGAAAGCUUUCCUUACAUAAGCAAGUCUACAAGAACACUGGAAUGCUAUGUGCACAACCUCCUACGGAUCACUGUCUACUUCCCAACACUAAGGCUGGAAAUUUUAGAACUUGUCAUUGAAAAGUUGAUAAAGAUUGAUGUGAGUGUCCCACGCCAUGACAUAGAGGAUGCAGAGGAGACUGCGUUCCAACCUAAUGGAGCGAUUAAUAGCAGCGCCGAAGAAGGACUCUUCAACAUGGAUGAAGAUGAGGAUCCCGAGGAGAAAAGAACUUCAAUUGUUGACAUUGAUACAAUGUCCCAUCCCGAUGCUGAGCGCCUGGAUGUACUGAUGCUUGUCCUCUUUGCUUACAACAAAGACAUUUGCUACACAAAUGGCUCGCUGGACCUGAACAAAACAAAGGAUUUAUACAGAGAUCUCUUGGCAACAUUCGAUAAACUUAUUUUACCGACCCACGGCUCUUGCCAUGUUCAGUUUGUAAUGUUCCAUCUCUGUAGCUUCAAACUGGGACUUGCUGAAGCCUUUCUGGAACAUCUUUGGAAGAAACUGCAGAAUCCAAAUAAUCCCCCAAUUAUCAGACAAACUGCUGCAAGUUACAUCGGGAGCUUUUUGUCUCGAGCCAAGUUUAUCCCAGUGGUGACAAUGAAGGCCUGUCUUGACCUUUUGGUCAACUGGCUGCACCGGUACAUUGACAAUCAGGAUGCGGGAAGCAGGGCUUUCUGUGAUGUGUCUUUCCACGGCCCCUUCUAUGCAGCAAGCCAGGCUGUCUUUUACACCUUAAUAUUCCGCCACAAGCAGAUUGUAGAAGGGGACUUACGUAAAGGUUUGGCCUAUCUCCAGGGUCUGAAUUUGGAACGAAUCGUUAUGUGCCAGCUCAAUCCUUUGAAGAUUUGUCUUCCUUCGGUGGUCAACUUCUUUGCAGCGAUCACCAGGAAGUACCAGCUGGUGUUUUGCUACACCAUCAUAGAGAGGAACAAUCGGCAAAUGAUCCCCAUUAUAAGAAGUAGCUCCGGUGGGGACUCUGUCCAGGCGUCCGUUAAUCCACUUGACAGCUUCUUUCCCUAUGACCCUUGUGUUUUGAAAAGGUGUAAGAAGGUCAUUGAUCCAAUUUAUCAGAUAUGGGAAGAGUCAAAUACCGAAGAUUUAAAGGGACCUCAAAAACACAUCAAGGGGGCUACGGCAGAUGAAGAAGACGAUUUUCUCAAAGGUGAAACGCCUCACAGUGAUGGUGGAAUAACACCGGGUUCCCUGGAGGCUCACCUCAGGAGCCCUGCUAGCAGCGUGGGUUCCCCUCCUGUCUCUUUCCUGCGACGUCCUUUCUGAGCAUCCAUCAGUACACAAGGGCGCAAGUCAUAGCUCCGAGGAGCUCCCACGUCAGUCCUGCUUCACAUGAAGUCUUUUUACUACCCACAGAUGUCGGGAGGAUGAGCUGACGCUGUGUUUUGUGUAUGUGAAUGAAUAGCGUCACUUGCAGGAGGCGUUACUACACUGACACCGGCAGAGCAAGAAACAGCUAUAGAUGUCACUGACCGAUCUUGAAGGAAUGUUGUAAA